CUCGACUUGUUGUCUGGUCAGUUAUUAAUCGUCGACUUUAUCGUCAUCCUGCGCUCCGGCAUCGUCACCCGUCUGUCCUUACACGCCCGCAAUUAUGUUGUAUGAGUUGAUUGCUAUUGUCCGUCCGGGCAGCCUCCACGAGGUCCGCGAAAUUGCCCGAAACUGCGGCCUCCAGGUUCUCCGCUCCGGUGGCGUCAUCCGCGGAUACACCAACUGGGGUACCUUUAGAUUGCCCAAGCCCACGACGAAACAUCAGGCCCGAUACAACGACGGCCAUCAUUUCAUCAUGCGCUUCGACUCGUCCGGACCCGUGCAGACCUCCAUCCGCCGCACGCUCGGCCUCGAUCCCCGGAUGAUCCGCUUCUCGGUUGUGAAGCUGGGCGACAAGCUCGAGGAGAUCAAGGAUGUGGAGGGACAUAUUACCUGGAACCACGCACGCAACAUUUCCGACACGAUUUGAGUUGGGGGCAGCGUGGUGGAAAGCGAUUUGUAUUGGAUGGGUCGGUUGAUUAACUGCAGCGCUGCAGUUCUGUUUGGGUCUGUAUUAUUGGGGAUUCGGAGAUAUCGUUUUGUAUCAUCAUACCAUUUCAGCAUCGCAGGCGCAUAUAUAUGAUAAUCUUUUUAC